CAAACCCGAACUCAGAAACCAAACCAAAAACCUUAAAAGCUCCCUUGCCUUCUGCUUUUGGCUUUUUGGUUUUUUUCCAACAUUGUUUCGUAGAGAGAAAGUUUCAGAGAGAGAGAGAAAAAAAAGAAAUGGAUUUUGAGUUGAGGAGAGCGAGAGAGAAGCUGGAGAAGGAGCAGAAGGAGAGGAAGGAGAAGGCGAGGCUAAAAUCGGAAAGAGAAAAGAAGGCUAAGGAAGGGGCUACGAAGCAAAGAGAAGCCAUUGAAGCUGUUCAGAGAUCGAGACGCAUCGAUGCAGCAGAAGCCCAGCUCAAGGCUGAUGAGCAAAUGCAAGAAAGCGUACUUGCUGGCAGAGGAGUCAUGUUUUACCGAUUAUUGGAAGCUGUACCUUAUCAGGGUAUUGGAGAUAAGAUCAAAUUGCCUCCUUCCUGCUUCACAGAAUUGUCUGAUCAAGGUGCUUUUGAUAAGGGACCCAUGUACUUCCAGUUGUCAGUAGUUCAUCAAGAGGAUUCUUCAGACAUGAAUGUCACUGGUGAGGAAAACCAUCGGACCACCCAUUCAGGCGUUUUAGAGUUCACUGCAGAUGAAGGUUCUGUUUCGCUUCCUCCUCAUGUAUGGCACAAUCUAUUCCCAGCAGAAACUCCAAAAACUCCCUUGAUUGAAGUCCGUUAUGUCUGGCUACCAAAAGGAACUUAUGCAAAACUUCAACCAGAGAGGGUAGGCUUUUCAGAUCUACCGAAUCACAAAGCCAUUCUUGAAACAAGCCUUCGCCAGCAUGCUACCCUAUCUCAGGGUGACAUAUUAACUGUCAAUUAUGGGGAGCUAGCACAUGCAUUACGAGUCCUUGAAUUAAAACCCUCGUCAAGUGUAUCUGUUCUAGAAACAGAUAUUGAAGUUGAUAUAAUUGGUUCUGAUUCAGCUUCUGAGAGGACAGAUCAGCAUGUUCUUAAUCCGCUAGUAUUUGGAAAGUUGGAAUCUGGAGUGGUUGACGAAGGCAAUUAUAUGUACUACAAGUUCUCAAUAGAUAAUGACAUUUGGGGGAUAAUUGCUUUGGGCGAUUCCAGAGUUGAGGUAAAGAUAGAAGCAGAAACAGAUGGUGGAGAUACUGAUCUUUUCAUUUCCAGGCAUCCUCUGAUAUUCCCAACUCGACACCAGCAUGAGUGGUCUUCCCAUGAUAUUGGUUCAAAGACUUUGAUCCUUAGCUCUAAAGACAAGAACUUGGGAGCAGGCACUUACAGUGUGGGUGUAUUCGGCUUCAAAGGAACAACAAAAUACAAAAUUUCAGUUAGUGUUCAGGAUGAUUACAAGCGUAAGGUGGGUCAACACUCUGCAUCCACCUCAUCUCCUAUGGAGAUGGAUACUGUAGAGUGUAGGAAUUGCAAGCAUUAUAUACCCAGUCGGACUAUUGCACUGCAUGAAGCCUUUUGUAGCAGGCACAAUGUUGUUUGUCAGCAUGCUGCUUGUGGAAUUGUUCUUAGGGUUGAGGAAGCCAAAAACCAUGUGCAUUGCAACAAAUGUGGGCAAGCAUUUCAGCAGGGAGAGAUGGAGAAGCACAUGAAAGUGUUCCAUGAGCCACUUCAGUGCCCAUGUGGAAUAGUCCUUGAGAAAGAACAGAUGGUGCAACACCAAGCUUCAGUUUGCCCCCUACGCCUAGUCACAUGUCGGUUUUGUGGAGACAUGGUUCCAGCAGGGAAUUCUGCAUUGGAUGUUCGGGAUAGAUUAAGAGGAUUAUCUGAGCAUGAGAGUCUUUGUGGGUCGAGGACUGCUCCAUGUGAUUCAUGUGGGCGUUCUGUCAUGUUGAAGGACAUGGACAUCCACCAGGUUGCUGUUCAUCAAAAGAGCUAAAGCCAAGUACAACUUCCCAGUUUUUUGUUGUUGUCUUGAAUCAUGAAAAAGCAGCGCUGCUAUGAAUGUCCACAUGCAAAGGCAAGAGCUUUGGCGGUAAAAGAAGAGGGGUAAAACUGAGUGUAUUGAGCAGCUUGUAAUAAUUUUUAUGAUCGAUCAUGUUUGUGUAUGUGAAUAAGGCAAAAAAUAUAUCGUUGAUCACGUGAACUGCAAUGUUUCAGAUUUGUAUUAUAAAUUGAAAAUUUCCAAUAUGGAUUAAAAUACAUGAUUUUUUUGUUUCUCCCCUUGA